GAUAUGGUUAUAGAGGUAAAAUCACAAACCCAAUCGAAUUUACAAGAUAUGAGUUUACUCGGAAAAUAAUAAAUAGAUUUCAAUAGCCUGUUUGGUUAUGAUUUCUAUAGUGAGUAGAAAAAUUGUAAAACAGUAGGCCUAUUAUUUUCCCUCUGACGACCUCUAAAAGCAAUCAUUUCGUAAUAUCAUUUCGUAAAGGUAUUUCGAAGUAAAAAUAUCUAAAAAAAACAGAAAAACAGAAAAAAUUUUAAAAAUCCAACAAAGCUUUAACAUAUUACUUUUGUAAAAUCGUGUGCUUGGGUACCUAUUCAAAAUUUUGAGUGCAAUUGUUUGAUGGACAGCUUAAGCUUAAAGAAGAAGAAUAGAACGAUGUGCAAUGGUGAUGGGACAGCGCCCCAGGCGGAACCCAAACCUUUGGACCAUCCAAAUUGGGACGAAGUCCAGCAAAUGAUCAACUUGAAAGUGGCCGAGGCCAUGAAUGAUUUCUUCAGCAUCCACUCGAAGGCUCUGAUGAGGCUGGAGCGCCUAAUACAGAAGCAUUUGCUGAACAAAGUAGACUCUCUUUCCCCUGGGGAUCUUCGGGAGAUUGCCGUACUGGUGCGAAAGGUGCUGAAACGCCUCAAGCCAGUGUUCCUGCAUCCGACGGAUGACUUUCAGGUGGCUAGGCCGCAGGCCCCUGAAAUUGAAAAUCCGGAUGUAGAGCGCCGCAGUACAGACGUGAUCUUCCAGAAUCCCUGCUGUACCGUUCAGCCAGUGGCACGCCAUCGCAAGCGCUCCAAAAGGCACCCCAGUUGUUCUCAACUGGAUUGCCAGGCGAGCCGCAUUUUCAAAGACCGCGAGCGAAUCCAGUUCGAGGUCAAUCUGGUGAUGCUGAAGAAGUCGCUGUUCUCCCUGCACUUGAACCGAAACAAUCGCUACUGGCCGCGUUACCAACGAGCAUCUAGGCAUCCCGCUGGAAAAGUCCAUCUGCCAAUCGAUCCACCCCCUUUUUCCGACUGACGAUAAUCUCCAGUCGCUUUGAACUGGUCGAUUGUGUGGGAUAGUGCUAGUUGUGUCCCGUUCUCGAAGCUCGCCAAAAUUAAAUAAAUAAAAUGUCUAGCUUGUUUUGGUGGGAAAUUGUACAUUUUCAAGGUUUUUUAAUCGUGUGGUAUAAUCUGUAUCAGAAAUCUCUCAUCGAAACAAAAACAGGAUAGGGAUAUUAAUAAAUUUAAAUAUAAAUUAAAAGUACAGUUUUGUAGUAGUCUGGUUGAUUGGUCAUUGGUUGAUGUGUGAAUGUUUGUUAAUUGUUGGUAGAAAGGGGAUUUUUCCUUUUUGUGAACUAGAUCUGUAGGGCAAGUUGCCUCAGUAGUUAGCAACACUUGACAAGUAAAUAAUGCCAUCCUUGUUAAUUACUAACUAACAAAGCUCUCUCUUUCUUUCUCCCCAUCUCCCUCUGUUCCUCUGUCUCUUUCCAUUUGAUGUCUUUCCUCAUACGCACCUCUCACUCACCUCGGUGUCAUGUACUUUAAUUUACUACAUCAUAAUCCGAACAACAACAACCGACCGCAUAAACCGGAAC